ACACCGCGCAGCGGCUACAUUGCAGCAGCUAACGUUCGACCUUAAAAUUUGACGCUUAACUCGUUAAAAGAGGAAAUGGGAAUGAUUGACGUUAAAUAUUUCUCCGCGGUAUUAUUUUAAUGCAUCCAACAGUUCACAGUGAGAUUCUCGCAAACCAAGGAACAGCGUUAGUGUGCUUUAAUUUUGAGACCAAGCUAACCAGAUAGCAAGCUUAGUUGAUUUUAAAGCCAUGAACUCUCUGGUUGGCUACGGAGUGUCCUCGGAGUCCGACAGCGACGGAGAUGUAGAGGAUGCAAACAACGGUGGAGUUUGUUCCUUUAGGGAGACUGGUGGCGAGGCAUCAGCUGUCAAAAAGACCCGUAACUUUAUGCUGGAGUCUGGUUCAGCUUCCAGCGAAUCCGACCCGGAGCCCUCUUCAUCGCCACCGCAUCCCCAAAAGCCGGCAUAUUCUGCAGCCCGCCGGCGCACCGUGCCCUCCUCUCCUCCGGGUUUCCUCGCCUCCCACAAACUACCUCCUCCCUCUCUGAACACCUCUUCUGACAGCGGCGUGUUUGCCAAUCCUUUCAAGGCGCAGGCGGACCAGAAGCUCAGCGCCUUGCAAAAACACGUCCCCCUCACAAUGCAGGCCAAACCCUCCCAGAUCGGAGGUAAGAAGGUGUGCGUGUCGUACAGGAAAAACGGAAGGUGCAGGUUUGGGAUCAAGUGCAAGUUUGCUCAUGACAGCGACCUCCAGACUCUCGCUGACAGUCACCCGCCCGUGAGCGAGGAGACGCCGGGGUCGGGUCAGGCAGAGUCCCGCGCAGGUGGCUCACGUGGUGGAGCAUCCCAGAACCUCCAGCAGACCAAAGAGGAGGAGGAAGAGUCAGGAGGGCAGCAGAUGAAGAAGAGGAAGGUCGGACUGAGUAACACCUUGAUUCCUCCUAAACGAGCUAUGAAGCAGUAUGCCACGCAGAGGGACAAAGAGCAGCUCCACAUGUCCUGAUGGUGUGUUCUCAGCCAUUAUACUGUAAAGCAAUAGUACUGGAAUGUUCUCUCAGAGUGUAUAUACAUGCUGUAGAUAUUGAGCACUAACCAUUUAUAGGACCAGCUAAUGACUCAGCUGGUCAUUAGUUACAUUACAUUCGGCGACGCUUUUUGUUCAAAGCAAUUUACAAUUUUAUUCCUGCAACAAACUCUAAUUGUCCCAGUUCAAGACAUCCUGUGGGAUUGCUUGGGUUUGUGUUCAUUACUGUGAGUGAAUACACUUUGGACAAAUGUUAAGACGUUUAUUUUCAUCUUUAUAAAUGAACAGUUUUUCGUGUUUGCUCUACCACACACCCUAAAUCACAAACCAGAAGAGGUGCAGGUUUAGUAUUGACAUAUGCCCCGAGGUUUCUACAUAGCUUUGCUUACCAAAUGACAUUACACUUUUAAUAAGUCUAAUUCAGUGACUGUGCUUGCAGUUAUUUUACGGGUUCGCGUGUGAUCUACAGCAUCUAAGCUCACCUUUGAUUGCCUAUGACGGACGAGGACUUCUGUGUGUGUGUGUGUAUAUAUGUAUAUAUAUAUAUAUGUAUGUAUAUAUAUAUAUAUAUAUGUAUAUACAUACAUACACACAUACACACACACACACUAGGUGGGUCAUUAUUCCUUCGUCUACCAACACUGAGCUCAUGCGGUGGCCGGUGAAACAGGUUUAAUGGCACUGCCCAGAUCGCUAAAAUGUGCAUAUUUUUUACAGAGCUGUAAAACAUCUUUUUCUUUUCUGGUUUUGAAAUGUUUCUCUUAAGAUAGUUUUCUGUCGUAUUUUUCUUUUAACCUCCCCAAAUAAAGGCUUUACAGUAGACCUGGACAUUAAAUGAAAAAAAGAAGAAAAAAAUAGCUGCCUGUCCAUUUAAACAGAAUUUUCUCACCCCACACAGGUUGAGGUCGGUUUAUAGCUUCUUAAUAUGUGUUUUGUGUUAAUUCAUGAUAUAAAUAGAGCUGAUUUAUUUCAUUAGGAACACACACACACACUAGGUGUGCGCUGUAUAUCACAGAGGUAUGCUAUAUUAUUGCACGAUAGCAACAUCUUUGCAACAUAAACUCGACAUCGUUGAACACACACACACGUAAAAGGCUAGUUCAGUUUACAGGACUAUGUACAAAGGCAACAGCUCACACACACGGACACAUAUACAUCGUUCCCUGAUACAGAUAUUCUAAAAAGCUACCAAAUAUGACUAUGAGUGACCGGUACGUAAUAUAUGCGUGAUCCUACAUUUACCUCAAACAUUGCAAUGCAGUAUAUCAGGUCACUGAUGACGACCUGCCUCUAUCGUCUGUUUGUAUCGUUAGUCUUUCACAUGAGGGACUGCUGCGCGUGUCUCCCGGUGCUGUCCGACAGAACGUCCUCGUGUUCUGCCUGCUCCCAGACCACGCCGUCCUCCCCCAUUACUUCUGUGUGCACGAGGGUGCUGGCCGAAGAGAGCACCGGAUUGUCCAGAAUAAAGUUGUCCCCGUUAGUGGAGGCCGGGUCCUGGGGCUGGGACAGGAGAGCAGCUGUAUGUAGGGUCUGAAGCUGCUGAGAGGUCGAUAGAAUGUGGGUCUGAGACUGGCUGACUGGCUGGAAGGUCAUUUGAAGGAUUUGAGUCUGCCCCUGGCUCUGCUGCUGGGAGGAGUACGACUGCAGGGGGUGCAACUGGGGUUGAUGCUGGCUCACCACCUGGCUGGAGUGGAGGGUCAGCUGUUGGAUCUGGGGCUGCUGAGCAGCCUGCACAAACUGGACGGGCAUCUGGAGCUGGAGGUGGGUCUGCUGAUGGUUCUCCGCUGGCGAAGGCGGGUCGAUGGGGGACAGGGCAAUCGUCACAGGCACCUGCAUGGUAUGGAGGCUCUGGUCUUGUCCCAGUAAAACCACCUGGUGACUCACCUGUUGGGUCACGUGACCCAGCUGAGCAACUUGACCUUCGUGGUUCAGCUGGUCCACCUGCCCGUCCUGCCCUAUUUGGCUCACAUCCAGGCCGGCGACCUCUGCUUGCAUGGGGUUUCCCUGCAGCUCCAGCAGGGAGACGGGGGUUGUGAUGAGGGCGCCGGCGUUGGCUGCCAGAGCCUCGGCAAUUAGCACCUCGGGGUGACUCUUGGCCUUGUGGGCCACCACGCAGUCCUUCUUCUCGAACUUCUUGCCACAAAUGGAGCAGGCGAACUGAUAGGUGGCGUCCGCGUCGUGCUUCUUCAUGUGCCAGUUGAGCGACGCCUUCUGGCGACACGUGAAGCCACAGAUCUCACACCUACGGCGACAGAUCCAGAGAAAAAAAACGCAUGUAUUCAUUUUGGAAAACUGAAGGAAUCGGUGAGCGGAGAAAGCAAAUGAGCAAUGUAACUGAGAAGUACUCACUGCAGGGGCUUCUCUCCUGUGUGAAUCAUGCGGUGCACAGCCAGGUUGUGGGAGCUCUUGAAGGCACGAGCACAGAACUCACAGAUGUAGUCCCUCUGGUCUAGAAGCAACAAAACACAAUUCAUCAUUAAUUAUAGCAGGAAGGGCUCAGACACAGAUGGAACCAUGUGUUACGUUAACACUGUGGGUGUACCUGUGUGGUGCUUUGCAUGACGCAGCAGCUGCUUCUGUAGUCGGAAAAGCCGUCCGCAAGAGGGAUGAGGGCAGACGUAUUUCUUCUUGAGCAGGUGCUGGUACUUUAUGUGGUGCUGGUGUGCAGAACAAAAAGAAACACAGAUCAUCAUCAACAGCAGGAUGGAGGAGCUAGCCGACUGAAAACAGACCUGAAAGCUUUCUGUCUUUCUGUCAAGUUGUAUGGUCGAGUCAUUCAUAUACAUACAUACAUACAUAGUAGAAAAAAGCGACAGAUUUAUCUUCAAUGAAAAUAACCCUUUACGGUUGACAGCAAUGUUUGGAAAAGUCUUCAAAUCGCUGCGUGUGCUCGAGUGAGGCAAGUAGUCCUCGGGAGGAUUGUGUGCUUGCUGAGACAGACCUGCAGGUAGCGAGGAUGAGCCAGGACCGUCCCGCAUCCUUCCAUUUCACAGCGCACGUACUGCACCGGCGGCUUCUUCCUGUGUGGGGCGUAGCACGUGUCAUUGAAACGUCACAGCGCCGAGACCAAAUAUUAAAGUGUGAGUAAAGCAAAUUGAUGUUCUGAGUCUAUGAGCACGCACGCCAGAGACUUCUGCCGGCUAACUGCCGGCUUAGCCCCAUGCUUACUCCAAUGGGGAUAUAAUAGUUAAAUCGCGCGGCUCUUCUCGACUUUACCAAUGCUAUCGGUCUGAAUUGAUCAAAUUGCUGGAGUUGUGAGGUUUAAGGCUAUUUAUCCGUCAUUUUACAGCCGCAAAAAUAGCGACGAAGCCCAGAGCACCCGCCACACACUCUCAUGCACGACAUAAUUUUUUGUUCAGUGUUGGGGGAGAUGCUAAAAAUGGCUCCAGUGCAUCAUCGAGCCAUGACUUCAGGCCCGCCCACAAAACUGUUUAAUGUUCAAACUCCACAUUUAAGUACUAUAUAGUUCAGUCUUUUCUCAUAUGUGUGAUGUGUUAGAAACCAACUGAUUUUACUUUACCCGGAGUUUAAAUGGGUCUCAAAAGUUCUCAUCAAUAUCUCGCUCAUCCAAAUUCAUUUGUUCAGUUAUUUCAUUCAGCAGCCACUACCACGUGCUUUAUUUUGGAAUGAAAUAAUGACGGAGUGAGUCUUUAGAUCACGGAAUAAAGUUUGGAUUGAGACCCCUCAACCUCACCUCCUCUUUGGCAGCCGCGGGGUUUUGUCGUCUUUUUUCCGCCGACCUCUCCUAACACAGACGGGGAGAAGAAGAA